AUGUAUUCAGGAGUGAAAAGUUUGAUCAAGAGAGGCCAAAAGGUGAAGGGAACAGUUCUGUUGAUGCAAAAGAAUGUCUUGGACAUUAACGCUCUUACUUCAGCUACAAGCACAAGUGGUUUAAUCAAAGGUGGAUUCAAAGUUGCUGGUGGUAUUACUAGCUCUUUAAUUGACACUUACACUUCAACUUGGGGCCGUUCAGUGGCUUUCAGGUUGAUUAGUGCUACCGCUACAGAUGGAAGUGGAAAAGGGAAAGUGGGGAAGAAAGCAUAUCUAGAAGGUCUUGUUACUUCUAUACCAAUAUUGGGAGCAGGGCAGACUGCAUUCGACAUUCAUUUUGAAUGGGAUAGUGAGAUGGGAAUUCCAGGAGCAUUUUAUGUUGAGAGCAAUAUGCUUGGAGAAUUCUUUCUUGUAAGUUUGACACUUGAAGAUAUUCCCAAUCAUGGAACCAUCAACUUUGUUUGCAACUCAUGGAUUUACAACUAUUCAAACUAUAAAACUGAACGCAUCUUCUUUGCCAACAAGACAUAUCUUCCAAGUGAAACACCGGCUCCAUUAGUCUACUAUAGACAAGAAGAAUUGAAGACUUUAAGAGGAGAUGGAACUGGAGAGCGCAAAGAAUGCGAAAGAAUCUAUGAUUAUGAUGUUUACAAUGAUUUGGGAGCUCCUGACCAAAAAGCUACCUUGGCUCGUCCCGUUAUUGGAGGAUCUAGCAACAUGCCUUAUCCUAGAAGGGGGAGAACUGGUAGAAGACCAUCUAAGAAAGAUCCGAAAAGUGAGAGCCGGAGCGACUUUUUUUACCUUCCAAGAGAUGAAUCAUUCGGUCAUUUGAAGUCUUCAGAUUUUCUUGUUUACAUACUCAAAUCAGCAUCUCAAAAUCUCAUACCUCAAUUAAGAUCUGUAGUUACAUUACAACUCAAUAAUCCUGAGUUUAACACCUUCGAUGAUAUUCGUUCGCUAUAUGAAGGUGGAUUUAAAUUACCUACUAGUGUACUUAGCAGACUUAGCCCUAUACCAUUUUUCAGAGAAUUCUUUCGAACUGAUGGUGAAUCAGCCCUUAAAUUUCCACCACCUAAAGUGAUUCAAGUGAAUCAGUCUGCAUGGAUGACAGAUGAAGAAUUUGCAAGAGAGAUGAUUGCUGGUGUGAAUCCACACAUCAUCCAAAGGAUUCAAGAGUUUCCACCAAAAAGCAAGCUAGAUAGCCAGUAUGGUGAUAAUACCAGCACUAUAACAAAAGAACACUUGGAGCCAAACAUGGGAGGAGUCACUGUGGAACAAGCUAUCCAAAACAACAAACUUUACUUACUUGAUCACCACGACUCAAUAUAUCCAUUUUUAAGGAAAAUAAAUGCAACUGAUACCAAGACAUAUGCUACUAGAACCAUCAUUUUCUUACAAAAUGAUGGAACUUUGAAGCCAUUAGCCAUUGAGCUAAGUAUCCCACAUCCUCAAGCUGAUAGUUUUGGUCCUGUGAGUAAAGUUUACUUGCCUGCGAAAGAAGGUGUUGAAGCUUCAGUUUGGUUCCUUGCCAAGGCUUUCGUUGUUGUAAAUGACGCCACCCAUCACCAACUUUGUAGCCAUUGGUUGAACACUCACGCUGUUGUUGAGCCCUUCAUCAUUGCUACAAAUAGGCAUCUUAGUGUGGUUCACCCUAUUCACAAACUUUUACUUCCACAUUACCGCGACACAAUGAACAUCAAUGCACUUGCUAGAAAUGUUCUAGUUAAUGCAGAGGGUAUUAUAGAAUCUACAUUCUUGGGUGGAGCAUAUUCUGUUGAAAUGUCUUCUUUUGUAUACAAAGAUUGGGUUUUCACUGAGCAAGGAUUGCCUCAUGAUCUACUCAAAAGGGGAGUGGCUAUUGAGGAUCCAACUUCACCGCACGGUCUUCGCCUUCUGAUAGAGGACUACCCUUAUGCUUCUGAUGGACUAGAGAUAUGGGCUGCUAUUAAGUCUUGGGUUGAAGAAUAUGUUAACUUCUACUACAAGUCAGAUGCUUCUAUUGUGCAAGAUUAUGAACUCCAAGCAUUUUGGAGGGAAGUUAUAGAGGUAGGUCAUGGUGAUUUGAAGAAUGCAACAUGGUGGUUUAAGAUGCAAACUCGUAAUGAGUUGAUUGAAGCAUGCAGCAUCCUCAUAUGGAUAGCUUCAGCACUUCAUGCAGCUGUUAAUUUUGGACAAUAUCCGUAUGGAGGAUACAUCCUUAAUCGUCCAACUAAAAGCAGAAGAUUAAUGCCUGAAAAAGGGUCUGCGGAAUAUGAUGAGCUUUCUAAGAACUUUCAGAAGGCGUAUUUGAAAACGAUUACGCCAAAAAAAGAUGCUCUUACUGACCUAACAAUCUUAGAGGUCUUAUCAAGGCAUGCUUCGGAUGAGCAGUACCUUGGACAGAGAAAUGAAGGUGAUCUUUGGACUUCUGAUUCACUACCAUUAGAGGCAUUCAAGAGGUUUGGAAGGAAGUUGUCUGAAAUUGAGCAAAAACUCAUUCAAAGGAACAAUGAUGAGUCAUUGAAAAAUAGGUAUGGGCCUGUGAAGAUGCCAUAUACUUUGCUUUAUCCUUCUAGUGAGGAAGGAUUGACUUGCAGAGGCAUUCCCAACAGUAUCUCCAUCUAA